CGCCCCUCUUCCCCAUUCUCCCAUUCCCCCCCAGGAUCACCCUCAUCCAUUCACUGCGUGCACAGCGCGAUAAUAGGACCCUCUCUCCAGAUCGAGGCAGGCCUGAGAACUUGACAGUGUCCACUCCACGGCCCAAUGCCAAUGCCAAUGCAUGCCCAUUGCCGCCGCCCAGCUUGUGCCUCCCCCCCCACUACUUUGACCCAGUCGCGAGUCUCCCAGACUCCUCCCGUGCUGGCGUCGUGCAUCGUGAUCGAUCAUCUCAAAGCUCCAAGCUCGCCUCGCCAUACCCCGCCAGAUCCUGCCGCCAGCUUGAACCAGCCUGAACCAGCUUCUGUGUCACCUCCGCAAUCACCUCGUCUGAGCGCUGUGCUGCCUCAAUUCCAUCGCUCUCGCUCUUCGCUCUUCACCCUCUCGCAGAAGCUGCUUCACCAUGGGCCUGUUCAAGCGCAAAGACUCGAAACACUCCAUCCACAGCGACAGAGAUGAGCAGGACAACCACUCCUCGCACAGCACGCGCACGUCGACUGCCUCGCUCAAGUCCCCCGCACUCCUCUCCUCCAGCACGCUGCCAGCCUCCAUCCCUGAAGUGCCCAUCUCAAGGCCCCCCGACCCGAGUCUUGACCCUGCUGCCUAUCUUCGAAGCAUCCAUGCCGUGAGAGAGCGGUCGCGCAUUGUCUCGGACAGGGCCAGGGCCAAUCGCUUGAACCAUUUCGAUGUCGACAUGAGCAAGUUUGAAGCCACGGCUUCGUAUGUGGUUUCGAUUAUAAAGAGAGAUUAUGCCCCCAACUACUCCUCAAUUCCUCCUCACGGUCGUUGGCAACACUUCGAUGUGGGUGGAAGACCGCGGAUCAAUCAACUUCUACAGUCGUGGCCCAGCACGAUCGAUGUGCAAGAACGAACUCGGAGGUUGAUCGAUUUAUUCCUGAUUUCCGUCUUGCUGGAUGCAGGUGCCGGGACUACAUGGGUUUACAAAUCAAAGGAGUCUGGCAAGAUUUACUCGCGAAGUGAAGGCUUGGCCGUGGCCAGCUUAGAGAUGUUCAAGAGUGGUUUGUUUAGUAGCGAUCCCACCGAGCCGUGUCAAGUUGAUGGAGCGGGACUUAAGAGAAUCACAGUCGAGACACUAGCCAAGGGUAUGCAGCAUUCGGAGUCAAACAUGCUGGCAGGAAUAGAAGGUCGUGCCGGACUCCUCGUCCGACUGUCGGAGGCUCUGAAUAACCAGGACCUAUUUGGCGUUGAUGCCCGUCCAGGCAACAUGCUUGAUUACUUGCUUUCUCAUCCUUCCACCCUCGCAUCUUCUGUGCCCAUUGUGUCCGUACCCACCCUCUGGUCCGUUCUCAUGGAUGGCCUCUCGGAAAUCUGGCCGCCAUCCCGGACGCAAAUUGACGGGGUCUCGAUCGGCGAUGCAUGGGUGUGCUCUGCCUUGCCCAAGUCUCCCCCAGCCAAACCCUGGGAGAGUAUCGCCCCGUUUCAUAAGCUGACCCAAUGGCUUUGCUACUCAAUCAUGGUACCAAUGACGAGGUUAAUGAAAAUCCAUUUCGCCGGUUCCGAGCUGCUGACGGGGCUCCCUGAAUACCGAAACGGCGGUCUUCUCAUUGAUAUGGGGCUGUUGACGCUGAAAGACCACGAUAUGGAAAGGGGGCUUAGAGCAUACAAGGAGAAUGCUCGGAUUAGAGGACAACCCAGCGUAGAGGUUGCUCCUCUGUUCACGGCUGAUGACGAUGUCAUUGUGGAGUGGCGCGCAACCACCGUUUGCUUCCUCGAUGACCUGCUAGAGGAGGUCAACCACCAACUCGGUCUUCGCGGCGACGAUGCCCUUUCCCUCGCUCAGCUACUGGAAGCUGGCACAUGGAAGGGCGGCCGUGAACUUGCCGAAGUGUCGAGGCCCAACACCAAAGAGCCACCGAUCAUGAUCCUCUCUGAUGGCACCGUUUUCUAAUUUUCUCCUGACUAAUUCAUUGUCAUUAUAUAUCUAUAAAUAUUGCGGCAACAUCAUAUCUAUCAGGAGUAUAUUUUGUUGGGACAAUUUGAUCUGCUAUACCAUUAUUAUUAUGUACUUGUCUCAUUGUUUUAUUCAUAACACUGCGAUUCAUGACAGGAUAAGAUAAUGCAACGGCUUCGCAUCAGCUUGAAAAAAAUAUAUACCAUUUAAUAUAGAUAAUCUAUACAAUUAUAUUGUA